GCUUACCAACCACAUGGUUCUGGGUUCAGUCCCAAUUGCGUGGCACUUUGGGCAAGUGUCUUCUACUAUAGCCUCGGGUCGACCAAAGCCUUGUGAGUGGAUUUGGUAGGUAGAAACUGAAAGAAGACCGUCGCAUAUAUGUAUAUAUAUACAUAUAUGUAUGUGUGUGUAUAUGUUUGUGUGUUUGUCCCCGCAGCAUCGCUUGUCAACCAAUGCUGGUGUGUUUACAUCCCUGUAACUUAGCGGUUCGGCAAAAGAGACUGAUAGAAUAAGUACUAGGCUUACAAAGAAUAAGUCCUGGAGUCGAUUUGCUCGACUAAAGGCAGUGCUCCAGCAUGGCCGCAAUCAAAUGACUGAAACAAGUAAAAGAGUACCCAGAGAUUAAUUGAGAAACUUUUCACUGACCCCAAAAUGUAAAUAAUUUCCUUGAUUUAGUGCUGGAUUCAAGCUGGUCUCAAUUAAUCAACUCCCCCACAAGAGAUAACAACACUUUGGAUCUACUAUUUGUUUAUCACUGCUCCUGAAAGUGUUAUCAACAUCCCUACUGAGGAACAUUUAGAUAUCUCCAGUCACGCUAUGUCCAUUGCCAAUCUGUGUCUUAUUGGUUGAAAGGAAAGCUGCCACUAUCAUAAACUGCUCAUUUCAACUGGAACUCUUACUGUUCUGUGUUAAAGCACCAAAAUUGACUUGAACUUACAAUUGCAAAGAUGUUGAUACUAUCCUCUAGUACAUUCUUAAUUCAAUCUGGGCUGCAUGUGAAGUAUCAGUGCUAAUUCAACAUGUUAGAAAUCCAAAAAGUGCAAUUUAGGAAACUGCAACAAUCUACCUUUCCAAGAGAGAACAGCAAGAUACUGACUGUGGAUUACAUAGAACAGAGAAUAAUAGAAGGCACAAUAGCCAGCCAUAUCAAACAGGUCCAAACAAACUGUGAACAGGUAACUGAAAACCAAUUUCUGUUUAAUAUUUUGGAGUCUGAAAAUAUCAACCACAUAGUAGUUUUCCUUACAGGACAAAUUCCUUUUCCUGAUGGUUAUGGUGGAGCUGUAUACUUUUCUUGGCCCAGUAUUAGUGGACCCAGCUGGAUUCUCCUUGGUCACAUCACUAAUAUUAAACCAAGUGCCAUCUUUAAAGUAUCUAAAUUAAAAUCAACGGAAGCAUCUCUAAAUCCAUUUGGAGUUAUGGCAAGUCAACCAGUAAAUGUAUCACAAAUUGGAAUAUCUGUUGAACCACUUCAAGACUUAUCUCAGCAGACACCUGCAACAUCUGCAGCAGUGUCAAACCUUGAACCAUUUAUGGAUUUCUCAAAGAAAAUGGUUGAAAAUUUGUUCAAUUUUGCUUCAUCGUUUGCUUGCAAAGCUCCUAUGAAUCCAUCCGAAUCAUAUAUUCCAUUUAGUACUCUUGAAAAAUGGUACAGUAACUUUCUUCGAAAGAUGCAGCAAGAUCCAUAUUUCUGGCGAUCGUAGUAUUGUAUCUCCUAGCAAUUAUAAAUUAAUUUAACUUUUUAUAUUAUUGCUACUGAAUUCAUUUUAUCUCUUCCCCACCCCCAUUAUGGCUGCAAAAUGUUUUGACAAGAAUAACGCAAGAAAAUUUUAGCUUCCUUAAAUUUAAUUUUAAUUUGUUAAGCUUUAAAGCUUAAUACAUUUGAAAGGUCAUCAGUAAAUAAGUUACUAAAACAAGGAAACAGAUAAAAAUAGGUGUUUAUUCAGUUGCAAGCUUUGCUAUUGUAUGGGACAUCAUUUUCUUACACGUUUACUCUUUUCUAAAGACCAAUCUACUCUUAACAGAGUUAACUACCAUUUCAUCUAUUUCUUUAAUGACACCAGUUUCACACGAACUAGUCAUUUAAAAAAAAUUUUUUUUACUCAUGUCACGUUACUUUCUUAAGAAUAACUUAAAGUCUCUAAAUGUCUCACCCAAUACUUUUUUGUUAAAAAAAUCCAAUUGUGAUUGAAAUCAAUAGUACACAUUAAUGCUGGGAGAUAAAGUUUUGUAUGACUUUUGACAUACUGCAUUCUAAAAGGCUCCUUAAAACUAUAUUUUAUAAAGUUUGAUCCUAUUCAUCUAAUAAACAGAAAUUUUUACACCAUGUUAA